AUGAAGCAGUUGGAAAUUUACAAAGCUGCAGCAGGCUUAUUUGCUUCAGAUAUUGCAAAAGAGCAAAUAAAUGAGAUGCCUCCUGCUGAUUGGUGGAGUUUACAUGGCGCCUCAGCGCCGCUAUUGCAAAAAUUCGCGCUGAAGGUUUUAAGCUUGACUUGUAGUGCUUCCGGGUGUGAGCGCAAUUGGAGUGUUUUUGAGCAGAUUCAUUCGAAAAAGAGAAAUAGGCUCGAGCAUCAAAAGAUGCAUGAUUUGGUUUACGUAAAAUAUAACCAAAAAUUGAAUGAGAGAUACGACAAAAGACAUACACUCGAUCCUAUUUCACUCGAUUACAUUGAUCACUGUAAUGAGUGGUUGGUUGGAGAGUUGGAUGGUGCUAAUGGUGAAGGCAGUGAUAGAGUUUUUGAUGGAGAUUCACUUGAUUGGGAUACUGUCUACGAGUCGUCGGGGAUUGGAGAGCCUAUCACAUAUACUAGGUCUAAGAAAAGAAAAGAAGCUUCUACAUCAUCAAGUUCUAGGAAAGCCUCAAGCACCACAACCACAUCUAGAAAAGGGAAAGGCCAAUUAGGGAAAGGCAGAUUGGCGACAGUGAUUGAAGAAAGAGAGCUUGUGGAUGAAGAAUUGGAAGAUGAAGAAGUUGGGGAUGAAGAAGAAGGAUCUACUUCGUUGGAGGACGAUGAUAUCGAUGAGGAUGAGGAUAACUAUCUUGUGGAGGAUGACUAUGUUGGGGAUGGUGAUGAUUGA